AUGCUUUGCCUUGGGCAUACUCCUUUGCACGCUAAUUUUAGCCCAGUUUACCGCCACUCGCCUCCUUACCCCUCAGCACUUCCCGCGACUUGGGCUCUCUUCUCAAAUUCUCACAACUAUUUCCUUCUUGCUGACAAUACCGUUGCGAACCACCACCGCGGCCUUGAUACUCCUUGCCCUCAUCGGCGUGACCCGGGCCGUAACGAUGUGGGGUGCCCGUCGCCCUGGAUUUCGGAGACCAAGGGGAUGCAAAAUAUGGCCUUGGGCCUCCCGCAGGUGGCAAGUGUUCUGGUUUGCGCCUUUGUACUGGCCGGGCUUGAUAUGCUGGGCAUGAUGCAUGGCGCAGUAUUGCUCCUCAGUCUCGCCGCUAUCCCGGUUGGGUGGUCGACCUGGCUGAUCUGGUGGCUAGACGAGGGUGGGACGCGAAAUUUAGCUUCUAUUUAUCAUGAAUUAUAUACUGUACAAGGGAAUAUCCGUCGUGUUGCAUAA